AUGUGCAAAGGAUUUGGAGGACGAAUACAGGACAAAAUCAGUUGCGUAUUGCAGGAGCUGAAAAAGAGGUUAAUCAAAUUACUUUGGAUGCCCAUUAUUUUAUUUAGCUCAUUACAUAUAGCAGCAAUCUAUGCCACAUAUUUAAUAUUUACAUCAGCAAAAAUUUGGACAACGAUUUUUGCUCUAUUCUUAUAUCAAGUGGGAACAUUUGGUAUAACUGGUGGUGCACAUCGUUUAUGGUCACAUAGAGCAUACAAAGCUAAAUGGCCCUUACAAGUUAUAUUGAUAAUUUGCCAAACAAUUGCAUUUCAAGCUCCAGUAAUAGUUUGGGUUCGUGAUCAUCGUAUCCACCAUAAAUUUAGUGAUACGUCUGCUGAUCCACAUAAUGCAAAUCGUGGAUUUUUCUUUUCACAUGUGGGCUGGAUGAUGUGUGAAAAGCAUCCUGAUGUCAUUGAAGAAGGAAAAUUAAUCGAUAUAUCAGAUUUAAAGAAAGAUCCAAUAAUUCAAUUUCAAAAGAGGUACUAUGCAAUUUUAAUGGUUUUACUGUGUAUUGUGUUGCCAACAUUAAUUCCAUGGUAUUUUUGGAAUGAAACCUUAUUGAAUGGAUUUCUUAUAGCUGGACUAUGGAAGUAUGCUGUAACAUUAAAUGCUACGUGGCUAAUUAAUAGUGCUGGACAUAUAUGGGGUACUCGUCCAUAUGACAAGAUGAAAAAACCAACAGAACACUUAAUAACAUCAAUAAUAGCAAGUGGUGAGGGUUGGCAUAAUUAUCAUCACACAUUCCCAUGGGAUUAUAAAGCUUCUGAAUUGGGACAUGGUCGUAUAAAUACAACAACAUUUUUAAUAGAUUGUUUUGCGAAAAUUGGUUGGGCAUAUGAUUUGAAAUCAGUAUCAAAUGAUAUUAUUAAAAAUCGUGUAUUAAAAUAUGGCGAUGGUACACAUCCAAUCAUACACCAAGAAACUAUCGAAGACUCCAAUUCAACGUCAGAUAAAACUAGAAAUAUAUUAAAUGAUGUAUAUAGUGAAAUUUUAGAUGAAUAUUGA